AUGUAUCUAGUCCAGUACGUCGCUGAAGCGUCGCGAGACAGUCGCGGCCGGCGCCGGCGAGCGCGCACCGUGUCCGCGCGGCCCCGACCCGCAGCACGUGGAUGCCUUGUUGACAGAGCUACAUUAACGUAGUGACUAGUCACAGUAGUCGCACUGUGCCGGCAACACAGGGCCAGCGUAGCUGACGGCUGAAAUGCGGGAAAACUUGUGAAAAUGCCGAGAAAACCCCUUUGUGCUUGGAUAUUUGCGAACUAUUUCAGUGAUGAAACAGAAACUUCAGGCAGUGCCAGUGCCGUGUGCGUGAAGCAAAGUUGGACUUCUAAAGAGCUGUUUUUAUAAAUUCGCCAUGUCGUGGCCGCAGGUGUCGCGCGCGUGCGGGCUGCCGCUGCGCGCCGGCGCCGCGCUGCUGGCUGUAGUCGCCACGCUGGUGUCGCUGGGCGGCGCGGCGGCGGGCGGCGCGGCGCUGGGCGCGGCGCGGCUGCCCGAGGACAAGUUCCUGGCCAUGUCGCUGCUCAUGUUCUCCGCGCUGUCGCUGGCCAGCAACCUCGCCGUGCUGUACGGCAUCUGGAGGCGGCGCGAGGGCUGCGUGCAGUUCGCGCAGCUGUUCAACUCGCUGUUCAUGGUGUUCCUGUUCCUGGUGGGCGCGGUGAGCUGGCUGCUGUCGCCCGCGCUGGCGCCGCGCCUGCGCCCCGCGCCGCCCGCCGCGCUCGCGCUGCUGGCGCUGCUCUGUGCUGCAGCGUUCUGCUUCUACUACCUGCUGGUGGUGAACAGCAUGUACCGCCGCAUGAAGGCCGACAGCGACACCAUCGUGCCCGCGUGACGACACCGCACCGAGUGACGACAAGGACACCUGCGUGACGACACUGUCCCCCGUGACGACACUGUCUCCCGUGACGAGACUGCCUGCGGUGACGAAACUGACGCCUGCGUGACGCCAUAUCCCUCCGUAACCACACUGCCUCAAGUGGCGACACUGACACCUAUGUUACGUCUCAGACACCUGCGUGCGUUAUGUCUGAGACACCCGGGGUGCGUCUCAUGCCCCUGCAUGACGCUUCAGACACCUGCGCGACGUCUUGGACAUCUAAGUGACGUCAUACUCCCACAUGCCGUCUCUGACCACACGGCCCCGCGUGACGUGUUGUAUGUAAGAACGAACGUGAGGGAGUAAAAAAAAAUGUGAAAAUGUUCGCUCACAAACCAUGACUGUAUGCUUGCUUGAAAGCUUGCCCCUGAGCCAAUAAGUUGAGAGGAUUAAAAAGAAUAGCAAGUUUAUCAGAAGGCCUAGAACGGGGCGCAAGACUUGUCCCAUCUUGACAUGCGCCCUGUGCUAGACCGUCAGGUGCAGGCAGACUAGGUGCUCCCAGCAAAGUAUAAAAUAAUGUGAAAAUUACAGUGAUUGUAGAUAAAUUAGUUACUGUGAUUUAGAAAAAAAUAUAAACUAACUGCUUUAUAAAUAAAAUAUAUUCAAGUAAAAA